AUGGCCAUGGCCAGCUCCUCGCCGCACAAAUCUAGACGCAAGCCCAAGAAGAAGGACCAUGAGGGCGAUCUUGUCGACCGUCCACGUCCGACAACCUUGAUCCGGGCUCCCUCCUUUCCUCUCGCCGCUUUCCUCUGGCCCACGCGCAGCUCCUCGUCCCAAUGGGAGAUCCUGCCGCUCAUCCUCAUGCUGGCCUUUCUGUUUCGAUGGGCCGCCGGUCUUUGGGGAUAUUCGGGCUUCCAGCGCCCCCCCAUGUACGGCGACUACGAAGCCCAGCGGCACUGGAUGGAGGUGACGACGCAUCUGCCGAUAUCGCAGUGGUACUUUCACGAUCUGCAGUGGUGGGGGCUCGACUACCCGCCUCUCACGGCCUACCACAGCUGGCUCAUGGGCAAGAUCGGCCAGAUGAUCAACCCAGCCUGGUUCGCCCUCUACACCUCUCGCGGCUCCGACAGCGCGACACUCAAGUUAUUCAUGCGCGCAACGGUCGUCGUGUCGGAGUACCUCAUCUACAUCCCUGCCGCCGUCGUCUUCGUUCGACGGUUCGGCCGCCUCAACCACGUGGCUCCCUGGAAUAGCUCCCUAUCGCUCGUCGCCAUCCUCAUGCAGCCGGCGACCAUUCUCAUCGACCAUGUUCACUUUCAGUACAACACCGUCAUGCUCGGGCUCGUCCUCGCGAGCAUGUCGAGCAUGCUGGCCGAUCGCUACAAGUGCGCCGCCGUCUUCUUCGUCGCCGCACUGGGCUUCAAGCAGAUGGCCCUCUACUACGCCCUCAGCGUUUUCGCCUAUCUCCUCGGCCGAUGCCUCUUUCCGCUUCAACUUUCGCGACUAUUCGGCAUCGCCCUCAUCACAAUCCUAUCUUUUGCCGUUUUGGUCCUUCCCAUCGUUGUCGGGACGUGGUACGAGCGAUUCGUGGCCAUCGACCCUCGACCGCAGGACGACCCAGUUCCGCCCUUGCCUCUAUUCCCCUCUCUCGGCCAGCACGUUGACAACCGAUCCGUCCCCUAUGCAAUCCUGGAGCAGUUGCUGCAGAUUGUGCACCGAGUCUUUCCCUUUGCCAGGGGCUUGUUCGAGGACAAAGUGGCCAACUUUUGGUGCGCGGCCAACGUCGUGGUCAAGUUUCGCAAGCUGCCACCGGCCUUGCUCCAGAAGGCUUCCCUGGGAGCGACGCUGCUGUCCAUCAUGCCACCCAACUUGAUCCUGUUUCUGUCGCCCCGGAGGACGACGUUGCCGUUGGCCUUUGCCGCCACGGCAUGGGGGUUCUUUCUCUUCAGCUACCAGGUUCACGAGAAGAGCGUCCUCUUACCCCUGAUGCCAAUGACGCUGCUGCUGGCCGGGCCGCACGGCAUGAGGGGUGAUGUCAGGUCCUGGGUCGGCUUCGCGAACCUACUUGGGGCGUGGACCCUGUAUCCCCUGCUGCAGAGGGUAGAUUUGAGGGUUCCUUACGCCGUGCUCACGCUGCUAUGGGCAUACCUCCUCGGGCUCCCUCCGACCUCGUGGAAAGCGCCUUUCCAGGUGCAGGAAGGGCCGUCGGCGCGCGCUCAGUGGGCGAUGGCCCUGCUGCAUUGGGCCUUUUAUCUCGCCAUGGGACUAUGGCACGUUGCCGACGCCCUCGUCAGCCCACCCGCGAACAAGCCGGACCUCUGGGUCGUGGUGAACGUGGGCAUCGGGGCAGCGGGAUUCAUUCUCUGCUACUUGUGGUGCCUGUGGCGACUCGUAUUUGAGAGUGGUCUGCCUGCCAAAUUUUCCAUCAAGACAAAAACGCAAUGA